AUGCUACCGAACCUGACGGAUCCACAGCAAAUAAAUGAAAGCCAUUACGGAGAUUAUUGCAGGCAGGGUCUCCAGGGGUCCAAUUUUAUUCUUGUGGUUUAUGUUUGUUCUGUCGUAGUGCUGUUUGGGAUACCGGCCAACAUCCUAACAAUAUGCGUCUUAAAGUCGGACACAAAAAGAAACACGGCACGUUAUCUGAUGCUUGUUCUCGCCACACAGGACCUCCUUCUCUUGAUUCUCUACGCAGUCUACUACAUCGUUCCUCUACUUUAUCAGCGACUUGAGUGGUUUUCCUAUUUCAUACAAAUUGUGUGGUCAGCGGAUUCUCCCAUCCUCUUUCUACUGGGCUGGUUCAAAUUUGCCGAGGCCUACACAAUCGUGUCCAUCUCUAUUGACCGAUUCGUUGCCCUCAGGUAUCCCUUUAAAUCCGCACGCAUAUGCACAGUAUCAAAUGCAAAGAGGUCGCAAGCACUGAUUGCUCUGGUGGGGUUAGUCAUCAAACUGCCCCUUCUCAUUCUAGACUUUUGCUAUUAUGAUUGGAUGAAGCAGUGCGGCUCUUGUGAGCCCAUUUUUCGGGACAGGCCUUGGUACAAAAUGUUCUGGCUCGUCUACGUACAGCUGAUAGACCAAAUUGUCACCUUUAUUAUCCCACUCCUCUGUCUCCUCUUCGUAAACGUCUACCUUAUCUGGAAACUGCAAAGUGUGGAGAUAUUGAAAGGAUUCGACGAUAAAAUGCACCAUAACCCCACCAUUAUAACUGACUUUUCUUUGGAUACACAUUUGCAAGGCACUGAUCAGGAGUACACUUCCACGAAACAUGAAAAAUACUUAAAACCAGCAACACCCCGCCUUGGAAGGCUUGAUCAUUACAGACAGCAAAAUUCAGUGACCACCAAUGAAUCGCAAAACCAGCACCAGAGGCAAAGACGAAGAACCCACCAGGCUCGAAACAUCUCUGCGAUGCUGGUUUGUGUGAUAAGCGUAUUCAUAAUAUGUGAGACCCCCACAGCGCUCUACUUUUUCCGCGACCUUUACUCGAUGAUUUGGGUGAAAGAAGAGGAUCGAGUGGCCAUGCAUUCGCUCUACGCCAUCGCCUUGUUCACCGCGAUGCUAAACUUUGCCAGUAACUUUCUCAUCUAUGGGCUAGUUGGGCGACGCUUCCGAUGGCUUCUUAAGCAAAAUGUGUCCCGAUGGAAAUACAUGUGUCUUCACUGCGAACGACGGAGACCCGUCCGACGGGAUUUACAAAAGCGUAUGCUACAGACUAUCCAACUGCGUCCGAAACAUGAUUCUAGUUCAUUUACUUGUCAAGAUGCGGAGGCGAGGUUAAAUAAGCAGGCGAAUAAUUUUGCGGAGCGAUCUGGUACCAUUUGUGCUUGUUAA